CCCAACUAAGCAACCGCAUACCCCUCAAGUGAUUGCUUUCCCAAUGGAUUUUUAAGAUGCACCGGGUAUAAAUUUUUUCCUAAUUUAAAUCCAAUGGUUUUGAAUACCAUCACCCCGUUUCCUUCAGAAAAUGGAACCAAACAUAUUUUCAUGCCCUCUCGCGCGAUUUAGAAAAAUCAGCGGGUGAAGAGAUUGUUCACCGGCCUUCUCGCAAUCACAAUUAGCUUAAAAAGAAAGAGAGAGAUAAAAUCUUCUUCUUCUUCUUCUUGCUCUGAUGGCUUCUGGACCGGAGUCGCCGUUUCAGAAAUCUCAAGAUUCCAUGGCUACAUUUCUCCAAUCCCUUCCUUUCAAGCUCUUUUCUACUUUCCCUCUCAACAUAAACAAGCCAAAGCCCAAAGAGAUUUUCAGUUCCACCAAAAGUAGUGGAGAAUCCAUCAUCUUCGCAGAUGGAGCCAUGGCCAUGUCUUCGCCCUUCUCGUCCUCUUCUCUUGUGUCUUCGAGCUAUCAGAACAAUGAGUUAGCCUCUCCUUCUUCUUCAGUGAAGAGGAUGUCAAGUGGGUUUCCCUCUAACGUGAGGAUUGAUGGGCUAGCCUCGAAUUUGAAGGGAGGUCCAGCCUUUGUCGGGCAAGUAUUCAGCAUGUGUGACCCUUCUGGUACAGGCCUCAUGGCUGUUAGUUCUCGUGUUGAAAUCCCAUUCUCAGCGAGAGUCCCAGAUUGGAUAAAAAAGGGGUUGAGUAUGCUUAUGAAAAAUGAGAGGAAUGGUCCUGUUUUUCGCUUUUUCAUGGAUUUGGGUGACGCAGUGGCAUACGUAAAGCAGCUGAACAUUCCAACGGGUAUGGUGGGUGCUUGUCGCCUUGAUGUGGCCUAUGAGCAUUUUAAGGAAAAGCCUCAUAUGUUCAAAUUUGUUCCGAAUAAAAAGCAGGUCAAGGCUGCUAACAGACUUCUUAAAACAGUCUCACGUACAAGAGCUAAGAGGAGGCUUGAGGGUGUUCCUGUAUUUACUGCUCGAAAUUUAAGUAUUGCAAUAGCUACGACUGAUGGAAUAAAGUGGUACACACCAUAUUUCUUUGACAAAACCUUGCUAGACAAUAUCCUUGAAGCUUCAAUUGAUCAGCAUUUCCACACAUUAAUACAAAAUCGACACAUGCAGCGUCGAAGAGAUGCCAUAGAUGAUAACCUUGCAGCGGAGGUGGUUGAAGAGAACUUCGACAAUCUUUUUGAACCCCCUGAGGUUCAAGAAGUGUUGGAAGAAAUGGGUCAUCCUGCCCUACCACUUAGUCUCAUCUCCAAGGCUGCAGAGAUUCAAUUUCUUGAUGUUGUUGACAGAGUGCUUCUGGGGAAUAGAUGGUUAAGAAAGGCUACUGGGAUCCAGCCAAAGUUUCCCUAUCUGGUCGAUUCAUUCGAAGAAAGGAGUGCAGCUUCCCUUCUCAAGGCCACAGAAUCAAUCAGCUCAGAAAGCAACAUCUCCAUCUCGAAAACGGAUUCUAAUGGCUCCUUAGGUUUUGAGCCAAACGAAAGCAAUGAACACCUAGGGACUGAGAAUUUGAGGCCUUCACCUUUUGCCUUUCCCUUCAGAGACUGGUUUUCUCGAUCCGCACAACCUGAGAAACGAGAUACCCUGAUGAAACCCAAUUCGAGAAUGCAAUCAAAAGCUGAUGAAGCUGGAGUCAAUCCCCUCCUCCCAAGGAUCACAAUGGUUGGCAUAUCAACAAGCGAGGCAGGUCGUGUGAACAAAUUGAACUUGAAGAAAACCAUGGAGGAACUCACACAGGAAUUAGAGCAGAAAAGCCAGAAGCUAACUGAACAUGAUGAAGAGAAGGAUCCCCUCUUCGUGGCUAAUGUGGGUGAUUAUUCAACUAUAACGAGAAUGGGUUCACCCUGAUUGUUUAGGAAGUCUUUUGAGUGUGGACAAAUAUAAUUAAAGACAGUAAAACAGACUUUAUGGUGGGGGAAAUGCUAAUGGCAUGAGGGUCAUAUUGAAGCGGAAUGGUCAGCAAAGAAUAGAAUUUGCCCGAGAAAACCAAUUUGAUCACAGGUUAUUUCGAAGUAGAGAUUUAGCGGUGGGGGGGCUCUAAUCUAAUUCAAGAGAAAUCUUUGAGCUAAUUGAAAUCUGUAUAAUCUUCCUGUGUAUUUAGGUGUACUCUCUCUCUCUCUCUCUCAUAAAUCUGUAAGCUAAUUGCAUUGUAUAAUCUUCCUUUGUAUAUACAAACCUCUCUCUCUCUCUCUCUGCUAUAUAUUAUUGCUAUUAUUAUAAAUAAAAUUAAUAAUAUUGAGUCCA